CCUUCGCUCUAGGACUCGCGAGCGGAAACCGCGAGUAUCGCUAUCGUCGCGUUCGCGCUCGCACGUGUUUGUGUAGGUGUGCGUGAGUAGUAUACGCGUAAGUGAAUAUUCGCGGAUCUCGCGAGGCGGCGAAAGCUCGGAGUUUACGUUUUUAAAAAAAAUGUCACUUUUUCAAUGUUAGGAAAAGUCAUGCAUGUUUCGUGCAUUUUUUCUUCUGAUUCUUUACCGCUGACGAAAGUGUUGUAAAUUCGUGUUGUUUUUGAGGAUUCGAAACUUCCGUAAUUCCUCGUCCCCUGUGGCUAUUCGGCGGUAUCGAGAAAUCAAAUAAUACAAAGUGUUGUGCAAAAACAUCUCGUUAUCGAAUCGAGUCUACAGUGAAAAUGCAAUCCCAGUGCAAAGACGAAAAAAAAGUCACCAAAGAAUAAAGUGAAUUUGACUUUAGACGAACGAAAAAAAAACUUGAGCUCGCAUUUUGGAGAGUUUGUCAAGUGGAAAUUAGUUCGAGUGGAUUACCGAGUAGGAAGUCGCUCGAGAGGAUCCCUCACUUCAUCAAAAUAUUAAAAAGCUUGCGGACCUCUGAACAUAAAUAUAUAAAUAUAUACAGAUAUUAUGGAAGGAGAGCUCGAGGUGGUUCGCUGGAAGUUUGAAGUGUCCUCUGUAAAAUAAAGUUUCUGACACGACGGAAAACAAGUAUAGAAAAUACACGGAACAGAAAUUAUUAAAUAUAAAUUCUAAUGAAUAUAUAUAUAUGAUAAUGUAUAUACAGAUAUAAUUAUGCUGAAUUUAUAAGAUGGGAUUGAGAUCGUGCAAAUGAAUCGCAUGUUCAAACUGUGGUUGGAAGAUAUAUUCUAUGGUACGAUUACACUUGUCUUCGUCGGUAAAUAUAUGCAGCUGAGAGUUUCCUGGAAAAUUAAUUGAGUCGUGCCAAUUAGUCGAUGUAUAGUUGAUAGUAUAUACGUGUGUAUGUACGGGAAUUUCUUAUCUCGACGCGAGAUCGCGAGUGAAAUCUUCUUCAUCUACUCACCAUCGAUCAUAUAUACGCAUAGCCAUAUAAAUAAUUGUGUAAAGAGAAGCCCUCGAUCAUCGUUAUCGUCGAGUUCAACUCGCGGAUUCAUUAUCAAUGCCUUGAUAAGCAAAAAAAAAGUGAAUUCAUAGAAAUAAUUGUGACUUACUUAAAGAAAGAUAAGUAACGCAAGUAAUAACGCAAAAUUAUAAACCACUUGGGAUACGUGCCCUUGCUCACUGGUUUCAUAAAGAACGCACAAGUUUACAGCCAAAUUGCUCGCUCGGAAUUGGAUUUCGACGAACACUAUUGCAUUCUCUUGCAGUGUAGACAUCGAAAACUCUUCGUGUUCUUUGUGCUUUUUUACAUGCACUAAGAGAGAACAAUGAACUACGAGAAUAUUUUAGUGGCUCGUUUCGUCAAUCGUCAAAGCGAAUCACGACGAGCAAGACAAAAACGACGAAUUUCCUCGUUUGUUUCAUUCUCGUACAACUCUUACGCUCCGACAACUGACUCGCGACACAGCUCGCACCGUCCGACCAAAAUGCGACUUUUACUACUCACCGCGGUACUUUCGACCACGUUUAGCACAGGCGAAUGUUUUCAAUUUCUGGGAGUCGAAGUUCCCCAGGUGGUAGAUCCACGACUGGAAAAAGUCACUCUACGAUGCGAAUAUAACCUUGGAAACGAGCAGCUCUACUCCGUCAAGUGGUACAAGGAUAAGGAUGAAUUUUAUACGUUCAUGCCAUCGACGAGCCCACCGGGACGCGAAUACGACGUUAAAGGCGUCAAGGUCGAUAUUGGCCAGAGUGACAGCAAACGAGUGGUACUCCUAGGCCAAUCGCGUUCACCGCACAAGAAAAUCAAUUUCGCUGGCCUCUACGGAUGCGAAGUCUCUAUGGAAGCCCCAAGUUACUCGACCGCUUUUGACUCCAAAGUUAUGAGUGUCGCCGUACUUCCGUAUCAGGAUCCAGCUCUUGAGGGUCUUAGACUCAGGACUCAUUACGACGUUGGUGACGUUCUCACGGUUAAUUGCACCUCCGCGCCAAGUUUUCCGCAAGCCAAGCUGGGCUUUCUCCUCAAUCACAAAGAGGUGAGCAAAUCGCGGACGAAAGAGUUACCGAGCGUUGGACCAAUCGAUGAAAAUUUGGUCUCGUCUGCGCGCCUCGGUCUCACACUUAAACUCGAGCGUGAACAUUUUCCCGGCGGAAAUUUGAGUCUGAUUUGCCGUUCAGAAAUGCCGAAUGUGCCAGGAGCAGAAGCACGACGGACCGAGGCAAUUUUAACACUGGCUGCGAGCAAUCAGAGGCUGGCUCAAGAACCACCCAAAUCUGGAAAAUCUACAACUACGAGCGUUUCCCUAAUUUCGACCCUUUUUAUUCUCGCCUCAAAUCUGCUGUGUCCAGUUAUUUUCAAUGCGCUUUAAAAUCAUUAGCAGCGUCGAAAAUUGAGCGAAAUAUAUCAUUGAAAUGUAAUAGAUCGAUUGUCGAAUGGAAAAGGGAAAGUGGGAUAAAAAUUAUUAAGAAACCAAAGACCAGCGUUGAAGACCGAGAGGAAAAAAUUAUCCGAAAUCCUUGUCCAUAAUUUUCGAGGAAAAAAAGAGAGUGCGUGUGAGAUUGAAAAAAGAGAUUUAUGGAAGAAUGAGGAAAUUCAUUGAGAUCUCAUGUGGUGUUGUACAUAGUGUAUGAUUGGAUUACCUAGAAUUGUGAUUAUGAAUUAUUAAUAAAAACAAUUAAAAUAAUUGGUGUUUCCAUAAAAA